AUGGUGAGCGCUUUGUGGAUUGUCACAAUCAGAUUUCAGCAGGUCCGUGAUUUGGGUUCUGGGUCUCAUUUAAACACAGCCAGUUUGGUGCUUGGCUUCAUCUCUAGCACUGAGAUUUCCAUUCUAGGAAACUUCCAGCAAUCCGUAGGGAUGGGAGUUCAUCUGCUCGGAGCGCUCUUAGCCUUCUUCCUGGGUUUGGCUUAUUUCUGGGUCCAGGCGUGGCUUUCGUACGACAGCCUGCCGUCACAUGACCGCAAGUGGGUGGUGCCAGUGCGCGUCAUCCUCUGCAGCCAGUGGUUUCGCUCUGAAGCUGCCAUAUGUGAGUGGGCUCUGGUCAUCUGUUUUUUUGCACUCUUUGCGAUUUUUGCAGCAGAGUUCAGACACAUUGACUGCCUCAAACUCACUGUACAGAACAAGAAAAGGAAAAGUGCCAGUGAUGCUAAUGGUGUGUACACCAUACAGGAGAUUCACUGA